AUGAGCUACACCCAGUUUGCCUUCCCCUGGAUUUCUCUGGAAAGCAAUGCUGGAGAGGCACAGCAGGGCCUGAAGGAGCAGUACCGGCUGGGCUCGCUGCUGGGGCGCGGCGGCUUCGGCAGCGUCUUCGCGGCCACGCGGCUCUCGGACGGUGCCCCGGUGGCCAUCAAAAGGGUGCCACGGGAGCGCGUCCGGCACUGGGGCGAGCUGCCCGACGGCACCAGCGCACCCCUGGAGAUCGUGCUGCUGGCCAAGGUGUCCACUGGCUUCCCUGGUGUGGUCCAGCUGCUGGAGUGGCUUGAGCUCCCCAACGAUGUCUUGAUGGUGCUGGAGCGCCCGGAGCGGUGUCAGGACCUGCAGCAUUUCAUUCGGGCACGGGGCUUCCUGCCCGAGGAGGUGGCGCGGGAGCUGUUCCGCCAGGUGCUGGAGGCCGUGCGGCACUGCACCAGCUGCGGGGUCCUGCACAGGGACAUCAAACCAGAGAACAUCCUGGUUGACCUGGCCACCGGGCAGGCCAAAUUGAUUGACUUUGGCUGUGGCACGUACUUGCAGGACACAGCCUACACUCACUUUGCAGGAACACGGUCAUACAGCCCCCCGGAAUGGACCCACUUUGGCUGGUACUAUGGCAGGCCAGCUACCAUCUGGUCCCUGGGCAUCCUGCUGCACCAGAUGGUCUGUGGGGAGCACCCUUUCAGGAGGGGCCAGAACAUCAGCUGGGACCAUCAGCUCUCGCUGCCAUGA